AUGGGCUUGAAAAUCUACAAUCUGUAUGGAAUCACUUCCAUCGUAGCCAUCUGUGGAAUUCUCCUUGGAAUCGAAUCUUCAUCAUGGAUGAAUUUUCUCAUAUCAAGUCCCUUUACAAAUUACUUCGGUGUAAUAACAGCAUGGGAAAACGCCAUUGUCAUGUCUAGCAAUGGUAUUGGUGCAGUUGUUGGUUGUGUUAUUUGUGGAAUCUACUGUGAUGCUUUAGGCUGUAUCAGCAGCUUCCAGUUAGCUGGUGGUUUCUGGGUUGGGGGUUCUCUUGUUUCCUGUUUUCUGAGUUACAUCUAUAUGGUGGUAAUUGGAAGAUUAAUAAAAGGUUUGGCUAUGGGAAUACUUUCUUCCUUGAUUCCAGUUUAUGUGGCAGAAACAAUCGUCAAGAAAGCAUCUUCUAUAUCGUUUGUUCAGUUAAAUGCAGCAAUCUCUGGUUUGGCAAUGUACUAUAUUGCAUACUUCUUUCCUGUCUUGAUGCCAAACGAGUACUCCUUUCGUUUCGCCUGGGCUAUAGAAGCACUACCAGCUAUAGCAAUAUUUAUCUUAAGCUUCUUCUUGCCAGAGUCUCCCAAAUGGUUAGCAACAAAGUCAAGAUGGGGGCAGGCUGCAAAAAACUUAGACAAAAUAAAAGCAUACCAGAAUGGAAAACCUCAGGAGAAAACUAAUCGUGAUGAUCGUGAAUAUGUCCUUCGAGCAUACACUUCUGGACCAGAAAUUCGAAACUCUUCAUAUGACAAAAUUUUUGGCAAGAAGUAUUGGAAACACACUGUUCUGGGAAUCUCAACUCAAGUAUUUGUGCAGCUAACUUCUGUUCAGGUGCUAAUGAACUACUUUCUAUUCAUCUGUGAACUAUGUGGAAUUGAAGAACACAGCCUAAUCUUUGUAUCGUCGGCUCUGAAUGUUGUUCAAGUAAUUUUCACUUUGGUUCCUUUGUUCAUCUUGGACAACACUAGAAGACGAGACAGUUUGACUUUUGGUUUAAUCAUAUUGAGUGUUUCGUUCCUCGCACUUUUUAUCAUAAUUCUUACUUUUGGUGAGCACUUUACUCACGAAGGAUUCGACUUGCUCUUUCGCUUCGAGAUGUUUGAUGAACCAGCUUCUGCAGUACUUGCAAUUUUCUUAUUUAUUAAUGCUGUUUACUCUUCAACUGUUCUUUCAGCCAGUUGGCUCUAUGCUGGAGAAUUAUUUCCAGGUCCAGCUAGAGCUAAAGGUGCUUCAAUAUGUAUGUGUGCUUCGUGGAUGGUAAAUACUACGAUGGGCCUCGUUCUUCCAAUACUAUUCAAGUAUAUUGGCCCAUGGACUUUUGCCACAUUGGCUUUGUUUUCUUUUGUGGGCGGAAUAGCACUAAUGUUUCUCCCUGAAACUAGAGAUUUGGGCGAAUAUGAGUUAUACUCAAUAUUCAAUUUUAAU